UCAGUGAAGCUCAGAGUUUAGAUGAAGAUGAAGCUGCUGCUCUUCCUGUGCUCGGUCCUCUGGACCUCUGCUGAUGGUUCUGCUCCAGUUCUACAUGAGGACCUUCGUAUCACUGGAUGUUCAGAUUCUGAUGGAGAGUUCAUGUAUUCUCUGGAUACUGAAGAGAUGUGGGUCGCUGACUUCAAGAAAGGAGAAGGAGUUUAUCCUCAGCCUCCUUUCAUAGAUCCUAUAACAUACCGGGAAGGAGUUUAUGAAUCAGCUGUGGCUGAUCUUCAGGUCUGCAGAUUCAACCUGAAGAUUAGGCGUGAAGCCAUGAAAGGAACUCCUCUGGAACGAGAUCCUCCAUCCACCCCGAUGCUCUACACCAGAGAUGAGGUGGAGCUGGGAGAGAAGAACAUUCUGAUCUGUCAUGUUUCUGGAUUCUAUCCGGCUCCUGUCAACGUCUCCUGGACCAAGAACGGACAGAAGGUGACUGAAGGAACCAGCAUCAACGUUCCCUUCCCCAACAAGGACAGUACCUUCACCCAGAUCUCCAGACUGGACUUCAUCCCUCAGCUGGGAGACAUCUACAGCUGCUCAGUAGAACAUCCAGCGCUCACAGAACCUCACACCAAGAUAUUUGAUGUGGAGGUCCAGAUCCCUCAGCCCAGUGUUGGACCUGCAGUGUUCUGUGGAGUCGGUCUGACCAUCGGACUCCUCGGUGUGGCGGUCGGGACCUUCUUCCUGAUCAAAGGAAACGAGUGCAGCUGAUUGGCUGCCGCUGAUGAUGUCAUCAUGACCAGCUGCCAAUCAUGACUUUAGAUAAAACUUUAUUAGAUCUUUCUAUCUGUUAACCUGAACCAACGUCUCUCUGAAACAUUGAAACAUUAAUAAAGUUCUGAUAAAUCACUGAGAUGACCUGUUAUCUGCAGCUGGAUCAACUGUUUAUACAGAACCAGAACCUCUGGCUCGGUUUCUGGGCCCAGUUUCUCUAAAUGUUGCUGUUUCCAUCCUUCCUGUUCUGUAUCAAUGUUUUCUGAUUUAUUAAAAUCAUGUUUAUCAUAAACUGUCUGCUGCAUCUCUCCAUGUGGUUCUGAUCCACAGCUGAUAAAUAAUAAACACACCUAAUAAAAAUA